AUGGAGACGGAUACGACGCAAAUCAUCAAAAGUAGCAGCAAACACACUGAAAUGAGCAUCGUUGGCAACACUACCAUUUCAGACCUACCGAUCGAGUGUUUCACCAGAAUUUUCUCAUUCCUGGUUGAGGAUUUAUCCACAGUAUUUUCCGCAACGUUGGUCAAUCGAACUUGGUGUCGAGCAAUAAUGCCAUUGUUGUGGUUCGAUACUUUAACUUAUGAUCAUGAAAAAGGAUAUAAAAUUAUUGAAACGUUAAUAAGAUGCAUGAAUGAAGAAGAACGGAAAGAGUUGAUUGAUUCCGGAGUCGAUUACGCAGCAUCUUGCCCUCGUCCACUUUUUCUGUACUCGGCGUUUAUUAAAGAAAUAAAUUGGGCAAAUCUCGAAUAUAUGGUAUAUUGCGACACUUCAUAUCACGACGAGUUUAUCCCAGAAAAUUCAAUUUGGAUAAAAUAUUUUGACGUUGAAAAUAUGAAAGAGAAAAUCGUAGCACAGCUCUGUAAGCUCAUUUUCCGAACUGCCAAUUUAGAAAAGCUUUAUAUUCAGAUAAGGUAUUAUGAUGUCGCUUUUCUGAAAUUCAUGACACUCCCAAAUGUAUCAAUUGCAUUGGCCAACCUGAAACAAGUAGCGCUACAUGGAAGACGAUUCAUUUUAGAAAAUGACGAAUUUGACGAAUAUGAUAAAUAUACCAAAGAUCUCAUGAAUGUCAAUGACUUGGUUCUUGGGUUAAAAUCGUACAGCCAUUGUAUCACAUUUUUGGAAGUGAAUUUUGAUAUAAUGAUUGAAAGUGCUAUUCGUCACCUUUGCGACUUAAUUGAAUCACAGAGACAUAUAGAGCACGCUGUUUUUUAUAAUUUUAACGAAAAACAUUUUUCAAUUAUUCUUGCUCUUAAGUCCAAAUGGAACACUUUAGUUCGCCUCGAAUUCGUACAUUCCGAAGUUUCAAAUUGGGUAAUCACUUUAUUUAGAAACCUUGGCACAUUUAUCAAAUUGGAAGCAGUAGCAUUCAUUGAUUGCGAAGGAUAUCUCGGAUCCAUUGCAACUGUGGAUUGUUGGGAAACGCCACGACCAAAGUUUUUGCGGCAAUUAUAUUUCGAUAGCUCUGGAAUUAAUGAUAUCUUGAUCCCAUUAAUAAAGAUAUCUGGAAUUACCUUAGAAAAGCUUACAGUUCUCAAAGGUUGCAGUGAUGCAUUAUUCAGCUGCAUUGCAGGUUACGCCACCAAUCUUUUAUGCUUGGAAAUCAACCUUGACAAACUAACAAUUCCGUCAUUCCUUCAAGCAAUUAUGAAACUUCAAAACCUACAGCAGCUCUCAAUGUUACAAGCAACGAACAUUGAAUCUUUUUCAGAUGAAUUUUGGAUAGGAUUAUCAGAAAGCAACAUUGAUUCCUUAUAUUUCAAUUGUUUACUAUCGCCACAAGGAUUGACUACUUUAUUGUCUAAUCAAACCAACCCCAUAAAAAGGCUUGGAUUAGGCCAGGCUGUUUUACUUACCAAUCAACAUUUUACUUCUAUGCUUAAUUUCUGCCAAAAACGACAGAUUUAUUUCAGUCUAUUUUUAUCCUCUUACGUUCAUCUUUCUAGAUACGAUUCGUCUUUGGUUGAACAACUUAAAGAGUGGGUAAAAUUUGUACCCCUUAAGAAAUUCGAUAAAUAUCACUGCUUUAAGGGUAGCGAUAGAUAUGAUAUGAAGAAAGAGUAA